AAGAAGCACAAAACACAUUUGACAUCUACGUCGAAAUCACAGACUAAAAUGAUAACAAACUUAGGUUAACUUGAGUGUCUAUAAUAUAAUAUUAUUAUUUGAAUUUACUAAAAAAAAUGUCUGCUAUAUUCAAUUUUCAAAGUCUACUAUCAGUUUUACUAUUGAUAAUUUGUACGUGUGCAUAUCUCAGGGCUUUAUUCCCAAGUUUAAUGGAUAGGAAUAAAGUUGGAAUUUCUGGAACCCUUUGGAAGUGUGCACGCAUUGGCGAAAGAAAAUCACCUUGGGUAGCUGCAAGUUGCAUUAUGAUGGCUCUAUCCUUACUGUUUUUCAGUUGAUUGUGAGUUAGAACUAUUAAAAGAGAGUACACAUUAUUUUAUUUAUAUAUUUCUAUGAAAUAAAAGAUGAAAUCUA